AGGAAAAAAGAAAAAAGAAAAAAGCUUUGAACUUCAACGUCGGAAGCAGCUACGCCACAUCUCGCCACAUUAUUUUUUAGUUAAGUGGCGUAACCAUACCGUUUGAUUUGGGCCCUUCAAGGUCACCCUUACAUAGUACCCAAGAUAUCCUGGCAACUUUCAACAGUCCAAUACCGAUCUAGGGCCGUAUACGUAUUAAUUACCUAGGUACGGAUUAUUUAUCGUGGCGUGUCUCAUACAAAACCUCAGACUGUCCAUUUGUCUCUCCCAGCCAACGGGGAGACAUCAAAUUAACAAAUGCUUCUCAGUUGGCUUAAUCAGUCCGUCGCCAUGGUUGACAGAAGACGAAAUGGUGCCGACUAUAUCUGGGACUUGCUUUUGAUCCUAGGCACGGCUGGAACAGCAUGGUAUCUAACUAGAAAUGUCAUCUCAACCCUUCAAGGCACACUCGCCGACCCAGAAAAAGACAAGCGCGAACAAGCUCGACUCAAAGCGAAAGCGAACCUCCAGAGACUACAAAAAUCGAGAGACUAUGAAGAAAACAAUGGUGAAGACGUCGCGAACGGAACUAGGAGAGGGCCUCGAAUUGAGGAUCUGGCCCUCAACGAGUAUGAGAACCUUGUUGCAUUAGAAGUCGUCGCACCUGAAGACAUACCCGUUGGUUUUGAUAACAUUGGCGGACUGGAAGAUAUCAUCGAAGAAGUGAAAGAAUCCGUCAUAUAUCCAUUAACAAUGCCACAUCUCUACUCACACGCUGCACCGCUAUUAUCUGCGCCAUCUGGUGUACUACUCUAUGGACCCCCUGGUUGUGGCAAGACCAUGCUUGCGAAAGCUGUCGCGCAUGAAAGCGGCGCUUCCUUCAUCAAUCUUCACAUCUCGACUCUGACUGAAAAGUGGUAUGGAGACUCAAACAAACUUGUGCGGGCAGUCUUCUCCCUUGCUCGCAAACUCCAACCUGCCAUUAUCUUCAUAGACGAGAUAGAUGCCGUGCUUGGUACUAGAAGGAGUGGUGAACACGAAGCAAGCGGAAUGGUCAAAGCAGAAUUCAUGACUCUAUGGGAUGGUUUAACUUCGGCAAAUACCCAAGGGCUCCCUGCGAGGAUUGUUGUACUUGGAGCAACCAACCGUAUUCACGACAUCGAUGAAGCCAUCCUUCGAAGGAUGCCCAAGAAAUUUCCUGUAUCUUUACCCGACAAGAACCAACGAUUACGAAUACUCCAGCUCAUCCUUAAGGAUUCCAAAACCGACCCUACCUUCAACAUUGAGUAUAUUGCUCGAGUAACGGCCGGUAUGUCUGGUAGCGAUAUUAAGGAAGCCUGCCGUGAUGCUGCUAUGUCUCCCGUCCGAGAGUACAUCCGUGAGCACCGAGCAAGUGGAAGCUCCAUGUCCGCAAUUGACCCUACGAAGGUUCGAGGGAUUCGUACGGAGGAUUUCUUCGGGCGAAAAGGCACGGGGCAAAUUCUGAUGAAGAACCAUUCUCAAGCGAAAUCUAAAUCUUCAAGUAGUGAGUAUGAGGAUAUUGACGAUGAUGCAGCUACGGUUGAAACUUCAACUGCUAGUCAAAAGACGACUGGAGCAGCGACUGAAGCAACUGAAGCUUCUGUGUAAAGACAACAUUGGUAUGAACCUAAUAUGAGCAAACUGGAGGGGUUGGAACAAAGGCGUUCACAUGUGGAUCUAUGGGUGUUAUCUGGGUACUAGGUAUGCUUGGGAUGAGGGAUAGCCGUCACUACCAGGUAGGGUCUUGCUAUCAGAAGGAUCCCUAUAGGCAUGAGUUAAAGACACGUCACUCUGUAUGAUAUCAAUCAUCUUUCUAUUCUUGUGAAGCCUACACAACUUUUGAGGCUCAAGAUAUCUCUCUCUCAAAGCACACACAAAUUAUGUGUCUUACCUGUUUAUGUACCUAACUUAGCUGAAGGUAUUUACAGUAACUUACUAGAUGUACACACCUAUGCAUGAUGUAAGUAUAUAG